AUGGCUCUUUUUAUGAAGGUCCAGGCCUCAAGCCUUAUUGCGGGCUUUCGUCGCCUGCGCCCUGUCUCGGGUCGCCGCUCCUUGGCCGCCUCAGGCACGGUGGGCCUCAAGGCCCCUCCUUACCCACUGGAUGCCCUGGUGCCUCACAUGAGCAAGCAGACUUUAGAGUUGCACUGGGGCAAGCACCAUCGCGCUUACGUGGAUGACGCUAACAGGUAUAUCCCCGGCAGCUAUAGUCUGGUGGAGAUCCUCCUGAAAAGAUGGACUGGCCCGAUGGACAUUAACGCCGUUUCCGAAGCCUGGAACCACACAUUUUUCUGGGAGAGCAUGAAGCCAAACGGUGGUGGUGCACCUACUGGCGAGCUGGCUAAGGCAAUUGCGCGCGAUUUCGGCAGCUUUGACAAGUUCAAGGAGGAUUUUAAGGCUGCAGGCAUGACCCAACUUGGCUCGGGCUGGGCCUGGCUCAUUUCCGACAAGUCUGGCAAGCUCAGCAUCACCCAGACGCCGAACGCCAUGAACCCUCUCUUGCGGGACGAGUUAAAGCCUAUCCUUACCGUGGACUUGUGGGAGCACGCCUACUACAUCGACUUCCAGGACCGUCGGGAAGACUACCUAACCACCUUCAUUGAAAAGUUGAUCGACUGGGACGUCGUGGCUAAGCGUUACGACGCUAAGUACGGAGAAUUAUUUCCAUGGUGUAAGUAA